UGUUUAUGGUCACUGACAGUGGGUGGAUGACCAAGGAAAUCUUUCUGCAGUGGUUUCAACCAGCUAGGCCAGUUCUUUUGAUCCAAGAUGGCCAUUAUUCUCAUAUUAGCAUUGAUCCCUUAGAUGUUGGAGUCUUCAAAUCCUUUAAGGCUGCUUUUUCCAAUGCAUGUCACAAGUAUGUUAUGGAGCAACCAGGCCGUGUUGUUACGGCUGACAUACUUGCAGCACUCGUAGGUCAAGCAUGGCCU